AUGGAAAAACGGGCUUUUAUCAAAAGAGAUCAUGAAGAAGGCCACAACCUGUUAUGGAACGACUAUUUCAGUGAAACUCCAACAUAUCCGGCUAAUUAUUUCCGGCGACGUUUUAGGAUGAACAAACAGUUGUUCUUACGUAUAGUUGAAAAACUGUCCAACGAAGUACGUUACUUCAGACAGAAGAAAGAUGCGCUCGGAAGGCCUGGUCUCUCACCGCUUCAGAAGUGUACAGCUGUCAUUCGUCUCUUGGCAUAUGGCACUGCGGCUGAUACGGUUGAUGAAUACCUCCGUCUAGGUGAAAAAACCGAUCGUGCAUGUUUGGAACAUUUUGUAGAAGGAAUUGUAGAUUUGUUCGGUGAUGAGUACUUAAGAAGACCCACCCCAGAGGAUCUUCAACGGUUACUUCAUUUUGGAGAGCAACGGGGAUUUCCCGGAAUGAUAGGAAGCAUCGACUGUAUGCAUUGGGAGUGGAAGAAUUGUCCAACCGCUUGGAAAGGCCAGUAUACAGGUGGUUCAGGAAAACCCACUAUCGUUCUAGAGGCAGUAGCUUCAUAUGAUCUGUGGAUAUGGCAUGCCUUUUUUGGACCUCCAGGUACAUUAAAUGAUCUCAAUGUUCUUGAUCGCUCACCCGUUUUUGAUGACAUAAUACAAGGUAAAGCUCCGCGAGUGAAUUUUUAUGUUAACGGAAGGGAGUAUAAGUUAGCAUACUAUCUCACAGAUAGUAUUUAUCCAAAAUGGGCAAAUUUUGUCCAAUCUAUACCAGCUCCACAAGAUCCAAAGUCAUGCUUAUUUGCUGAACGUCAAGAAGGCUGCCGAAAAGAUGUCGAACGUGCUUUUGGAGUCUUACAGGCUUGA